AUGAGAUUAACACUACCGGUAGUGUUCUCCUCGUUGGCGGUAGCAUCAACCGCUCGCCAUGGAGAAUCAUCCCGAGUCUCCAACCGUGACACUGCCUCAUUCAUCCAUCCAGGCCUCCUCCACACGGCCACAGAUUUUUCACGCAUUGCCUCAAAAGUAUCCAGCAACACCGAACCAUGGCUAACAGGCUGGUACAAACUCACCAACAGCUCCAACAUCAACCUAGACUACACGCCAUCCCCAAAGACAAUCGUCUAUCGCGGCGCAGACGGCACCCACACAGAGAACUAUCCCUCCUUGUACAAAGACAUCGCAGCCGCCUACGCCAUGGCCAUCUACUGGAAAGUGACCGGCAACACGAGCUACGCCGACGUGGUCGUGAAGAUCCUCGAUGAAUGGAGCUCCACCCUAACCGAAAUCUCCGGCACAACAGACAUGUACCUCGCUGCAGGCAUCUACGGGUACGAAUUCGCCAAUGUUGCCGAGAUCAUGCGCACGUAUUCCGCAUGGCCCAGUGCGAAUCUGACCCGCUUUGCGGAUAUGAUGGUCGAUGUGUUCUAUCCCCUUAAUCAUGAUUUCCUGCAGAAUCAUCAUGGCGCGGCUGUUGAUCAUUACUGGGCGAAUUGGGAUUUGUGUAAUAUCGCCUCGGUUCUGUCCAUUGGGGUGUUGACCGAUAACGAAACCAUGUUCGAUGAGGGGUUGACUUAUUUCAAAUCCGGAGCUGGGAAUGGCCAGAUUGAAAAGGCGAUCUGGAAGCUGUAUCAGGUCGAUGGGGAGUCCUUGGGUCAGGGCCAGGAGGCCGGGCGGGAUCAGGGCCACUCGAUGUUGGAUUUCGCCCUGCUUGGCCCUAUCGCCCAGACGGCAUACAAUCAGGGAACGGACCUGUUUGAAUAUCUGGAUAAUCGCAUUCUGGCUGGAGCGGAAUACGUCGCCAAAUACAACCUCGGCAACGACGUUCCCUACACGACCUACAACAACAGCGACGACGUCAACCAGACAGUUAUCAGCAAUUCCAGCCGCGGGGACAUCAGACCCAUCUGGGAGCUGCUGUAUAACCACUAUGGUGUACUCAAGGGACUGGAUGUCACUUACACAAAGGAGUAUCGCGAUAUGGUCGUUGAGGAUGGCGAUGGGGCUGAGGGCGGUGGUGGCGAUUAUGGAACGACUAGUGGUGGGUAUGACCAGUUGGGAUGGGGGACGCUGAUGUAUACUCUUGAGUGA